CUUCUGCUUCUCAAGUCUCCAAUGGGUUUGGGGAGAUCUUCUUCUUCUUCAUCGGCUCUGAAAUGGCUUGGCUUCGUUACGGCUGUUUGGGUCCAAUCCAUCUCCGGCAACAACUACACCUUCUCCAAUUACUCUGACGCUCUCAAAUCCCUAAUGAACCUCACUCAGGUCGAGCUCAACAGCCUCUCCGUCGCUAAGGACGUCGGAAAAGCCUUCGGAAUCCUCGCAGGACUUGCUUCAGAUCGUCUUUCCACUCCAGUCAUCCUCCUCAUCGGCUGUUUCGAAGGCCUUCUCGGUUACGGUGUACAAUGGCUCGUCGUGAGCCGCACCAUCCAACCUCUCCCUUAUUGGCAGAUGUGUGUGUUUCUCUGUAUGGGAGGAAACAGCACGACGUGGAUUAACACGGCGGUUCUUGUAACGUGCAUAAGGAACUUCCGGAGAAACCGUGGUCCUGUUUCAGGGAUUCUCAAAGGCUACGUCGGCUUGAGCACUGCUAUUUUCACGGUGGUGUGCACUGCUUUGUUCUCCUCCGAUCCAGCCUCCUUUCUUGUUCUCCUCUCCGUCGUGCCAUUCGCCGUCUGUCUCACGGCGGUUUUCUUCCUCCGUGAAGUUCCUCCGGCUACUUCCACCGCCGAGGAAAACGAAGAGUCUCGCUACUUCGCAGUGUUCAACAUAGUGGCCAUUGUCGUCGCCGUGUACCUUCAGUCGUACGACGUUAUCGGAAUCAAAACCGGAGCUGUCUCCGUCGCAUUCGCCUCUGUGCUUCUCAUACUCUUAGCUUCACCUAUCGCCGUCCCUUUCCACGCCUACGUUCGGAGUUUAAAUCUGAACGAAGAAGACGUAGAAGGACGAGUCGAUGAACCUUUGCUGAGAUCGGAGAUCGCCGAAGAGACGGAGGUUGGUGCUGCCGCGGCGGCGGAUAAUGAGUUACCACCGUCUCCUACGCUUCUAAAGGAGGAGGAAAAGAGCCACGGAGGUAUAGAGAAGAAGAGACCGGUGCUUGGAGAAGACCACACCAUAUUAGAAGCGGCGUUGACCGUUGACUUUUGGGUGUUGUUUUUGUCGUUUUUGUGUGGAGUAGGAACUGGUUUAGCUGUAAUGAACAACAUGGGUCAGAUAGCGCUUGCGCUUGGUUUUAUAGACGUCUCCAUCUUUGUCUCCAUGAUGAGCAUUUGGGGUUUCUUUGGUCGGAUUCUCUCCGGUACCAUCUCCGAGCACUUUAUUAAAAAAAAUGGAACACCAAGACCAUUAUGGAACGCAGCAUCUCAAGUUGUCAUGGCCGUAGGAUAUCUACUGAUGGCUUUAGCUAUACCCGGUUCACUCUACUUCGGUUCAGUUGUUGUUGGGGCUUGUUACGGAGUCCGGUUAGCCAUAACAGUACCAAUCGCCUCAGAACUCUUUGGUCUCAAGUACUACGGACUCUUGUACAACAUCCUCAUACUUAAUUUUCCUCUUGGCUCAUUCCUUUUUUCCGGUCUUCUUGCGGGUUUGCUCUACGAUGCUGAAGCUACACCGACUCCUGAUGGAGGCAACACGUGCGUGGGAGCACAUUGUUACCGUUUAGUCUUCAUUGUAAUGGCAUUUACAUCCAUCAUUGGAGUUGGUCUUGACCUCUGGCUUGCGUUCAGAACUAAGGAGAUUUAUACCAAGAUUCAUGCGAGCAAGAAGGUUAAGAGAUCUAGCGGUAGUGUUAGAUGAAAAAUUGUGUUUAAACUAGAUAGCUUUUGGGUAAAAUCAUUUUUGGGUAAAAUCAUUUUUGGGUACACUAGUUCUAUUAGUAAUAUGUAGACUAUAUUCGUUACCAUUGGAUGGGAUGUUUGUACACUUUCACUUUUGAAGUAUUUGUGUAAAAACCAGUUGUAUGGUUCAAAAUUUCA